ACACUAGUCAGAAAUCUCUGGGGUGCAAUUGUUGAAACCCUAAAAAGGUGAAGAUAGAGAGAUAAGAGUGAUAAAAGAGCGAGUGAGAGAUAGAAUAUUAACGACGAUGAGAAGAACAAUCGGUGGAAUUCCAACUUCGGUGGCGUCAUUGAGCAGGAGGCGGGCAUUAGGAUUAGCUUUAGCUCCAAAAUUCAUACAAUUAGUAUGUUGUUCAUCUUUAGCACCAGAAAAUUCCAGAAAACUGAUUCUUUAUUCAAAACCGGGCUGCUGUUUGUGUGAUGGCCUCAAAGAGAAAUUGUCGGCCGCCUUUUCUCUGUCCUCACCCACAGAUCCCCUACACGAUGUCGACUUACAGAUAAGAGAUAUUACCACUAAUCCAGAGUGGGAGAGGGCUUACCAGUACGAGAUUCCUGUUUUGGCUAAGCUACUACCUGAUGGUACCGAGGUAACACUACCUAGAUUAUCUCCCCGACUUGGUGUAGAGGUCAUUCAACGGAAAAUAGGAGAAGCGUUUAGGCAUUAACAAUGUUUUGGAUGCUUGACAUUUAGAUGCUUAUGCUUUUAAAGCACCAUUUAUCUAUUUUAACAAGUAUCUGUGGUUUUUUUGGGGGGUAUAAUUUUUGUAAGCUUUGUAUCAAACUCCUCAGUAAGAAGCUUUGUCUGCUUUACAGCUUGCUUUGUUGCUCGGUAUAUGCUCAUCAAUUUGAUCCACUUCAUUAAUAAGCAGUUCUAUUGUCUUAGUAAGUGUUUUUUUUUUUUUUUUCAAAAAAAAUUACUUCGUAUUUGUUAUUCCGAUUUCACUUCAUUGAGUAAGAAGGGAGAGAGCAAGUAUGCACUGUAGAGUAAGCGAGAGAAGAAAGCACUAGUGAAGGAUUUGGCAUUAAUAACUCAACUUUGGGAAUUUGGCCUCGGCAACAUAAGGGGGCAAAACACGUAAGCCGACCACCUGACUUUCCCUAUCUUGCUCAAAGUGGGAACUUUUUCAAAAGCUUUAGUGUAAUGCUGAGGUUAUUAUCCUUUCAAAUGAUCAAAUAUCGUUGCAUAAGUAAAAUUGUGGCAUGAUUUUACUAAAAGACUUUAUAAUUUUUGGGUCAUUUUUUUUUAUGAUUCCGUCAAGGCCUUCAAUCCUGGUAACUCAAUAAAAAUCUUGUUAGAAGAAAUGUGACAUGUCAAAAGUUUGUUAAGAUGGGAGGGAAAGUGCAGUUAAUCGGGGUAAAGCUAGAGGGAGAAACUCAUUCAAUAAUUGUCAUGUCAAAGCUUUUUCAUUCGGAGUGGUCUAAUGCAUUUUAGUGCUUAAGGUUUGUACACCUCUUCAACAUGAUGAAAAAUUGGUGCAUAAUUAAAAAGAAGUUGGCCCUAUGUUUGAAACUUUAUAGAACUUAAUUGUGUUCAAUUCGCAUCAAUUCGCAUCUGCUGGCCUUUUCAUCAUGCAGUGUAGGAUGUUUCAAAGUUGGAUUUCUUGUGAGGUUGUAUAUUUGUUGAUGAAAAGUUCUGCAGUAACUCACAUGAUGAGAGUCCAAUGCUGAAGGAGGUUAAGAUUUUUGAGAAGCCUGUUGUGCUAAUUGCUAGUUUUGAUGUUAAUGCUCCCCGCGUAUGGGCCUAGAGGCGAUAAAUAAUUGCAGCAUAUGAUAAGAAAGGCGCAAUUGCUGUAGAUGGAAUGGGAAGCAAUCCUAGUCUGGGUUUGGGUUUGGGUUUGUAGAACCUAGGGAUUGAGUAGAUCCUGUGUUCUCAUGCAAUCAUGCUACAAGUGUCAUACUGUGUAUAAAGACUAUGGCCCUGUUUGGGGGAAAGCUAAAAGCUGAAACUGAUUGAGUUAGUUGAUUUUAUUAACUGAUUAGACUAACUUAUUGUAUUAACUGAUUAUAUAAAAGUGUUUGAUAAAUAGCUGAUAGCUUAAGGUGAUUGAGUAUGUGAAAUGACCAAUAAGCUAAUUGUGGGGUAGGUAGUUUAGAUAGGAUUUUAAAUUAAAUGAGGCUAUAAGUGUCAUUUCACAAUAAUUAAUGAAUAAGCUAAUUGAAAAAGCUCCUAAAAUGAGUUUUUUCAAAAAUAGCUUAUUUAGUGGAAUAAGCUUGUUUGACUAAUCAAUCAGCUAAAGUUAGUCAAAUAAGCUAAUAUACCCCCAAUAAGCUUACUACCAAACAGGGCCUACAAAUAAGGAGCUUGAGCUUUUAGUUUAUUUGGUUGAAUGAACUGAAACUCGAAAUUGUUGCUAGUUGCAGACUAGGCCAGUGAAGACUUUGUUGAGAUUGUGAAGAAGAGAGGCCAAUCCUAAUUAUUUCUGGGCACUGCUGCACUGGUCAGAGAAGUGUUGCCAGCUAAAUUGCACAUGGGAAUGAUGAAAGAUAUCCCAAUCACAUCCGUAAGUUUCCAGCCCAGGUAAAGAAAUGUGAAGGGAAUAUUAAUUUUGGGAAAAUAUAUAACUGUAAGAGAAUGGCUAGGAGCAAAACGAGAACUACAGUAUUUAGGUCAUGUUUAGAAUACUGUAAGUGGAGAAGGAAAUAAAUGUGAGACGAAAAACAAGUUUCUACUUUCUAGGUAAACAAUGUGUAUGAUGCUCAAUUAUCCCCCCCAACCCCCUCCUCAACAAGAACUACAGUAUUCAGUAGGUCAUGUUUAGAAUACUGUUUCAAUUCAAUCUCUUCACUGAUUGAAAGUAUUUAUUUCCCACAUUUGUUUCCCACAUUUGUUUAACGUAGAUUGUAGAACAAAGUGAGGAAGUUAGACCCAUUGAAAUUCUACAAUUUAGCAUCUGGUGCUAUCUACUGCCAACUCUCUGCUAAUGUAUCUAUUUUCUGCAAUUUACAGUAAUCUACAUGCAGAAGAUUUUCAGGCCUUCAGCCUUCACAAUUUUACUCUUUUUUUUUUUUUUUUUUUUUUUUUUUUUUUUGAAAUACACUUCUAAAUUUUACUUUUUACAAUUUGUUUUGAGACCUCUCCACAAAUUAUGCAACCCAAGUCUUAUACUUCUAUGUAGUAUUUUAAUAUAAAUUUAUUUAUGUGAUUAGAAUGUCUAAUUUUUCCAAGAGAUUUAUUUUCUUUUCAUAUUUUACUAAUGUUUGAUUUGGAACCUCCUAUUGACAGUUGACGUAACAAGCUUAAUAAGAGGAAGACUUGCGACAAUUUAGUAUAGUAAUUUUUUUGGGUAUAUUUGUUUUCAGAUUAGAUAUUAUCUCUACAUGAUGUUACUACUUAGAUGGCUAUCAAGUAUCUAUUACCUCCAUUUCAUAUUAUUUGCAACAAUUUGACGUAAAGUAGAGAGAAAAAUGUUUAAUUGUUGCAAAUAAUAUGAAACAGAGGUAGUAUAUUGAAUGGACGAGCAAACGCAUAUCAGAGGCAAUUUGGUAACUC